GGGGUCUGUCUACGUCACCGCCGAGCAUCUCUAUGGUCGCUGCCGCUUUCCCGGCGGUGUCUUGGCGGCCGGCGUUGAGUUGGCAGGACUGACCCAGGAAACUGAGGAAAGUCACUAAAGCUGAGAAGGAAGUGUUGAGGUCUUACGGCGGGAAGUCGUGGGAAUGAGCAGGGGUCCCGUGGGGGCCGCGGAGCCCACAGCGGCGAGCCCUUGGUGAAGCGCCAGACCGGGCCUCGGCUUUCUGACGCGGCUGUCGGUGGGAGCGCCGCGUCCUGCGAGCCUUCGGCGUCUGGAUCCGCACCAGCAGCCGCAGCGUUCAGGGACAUUUGGAGCGGACGUCGUGCUCUCCACCCGCAGCGAUGUCGUCCUGGCUCGGGGGCCUCGGCUCCGGCUUGGGCCAGUCUCUGGGUCAAGUAGGGGGCAGCCUGGCUUCCCUCACUGGCCAGAUCUCAAACUUCACGAAGGAUAUGUUGAUGGAGGGCACCGAGGAUGUGCCAGCAGAUUUGCUCAAUUCUGGAAGAGAGGAAAAUGAAGCUACUCAUUCAGUCUUAAGAUCAGAGAAUGAAAGACUUAAAAAGCUUUACACUGAUCUAGAGGAAAAGCAUGAAGCAUCAGAAUUGCAGAUAAAGCAGCAAUCUUCGAGUUACCGCAGUCAGCUGCAGCAGAAAGAGGAAGAAAUCAACCACCUUAAAGCAAGACAGACUGCACUACAGGAUGAAUUGCUCAGACUGCAGUCAGCUGCCCAGUCCGCACAUCCAGAAUCUGGCAGGGUACCAGCAGCUGCAGCAUCACCUUCAUUCAGUUACGGCAUCAGUCAUCACGUGUCAGCUUUCCAUGAGGAUGACAUGGACUUUGGUGAUGUUAUUUCAUCACAACGAGAAAUAAACAGAUUAUCAAAUGAAGUUUCAAGACUUGAGUCUGAACUUGGACACUGGAGACAUAUUGCCGAGGUUCGGGGAACACAAAGCUCUGAUCAAACAGAAAUCUGCAAGCUGCAAAAUAUUAUUAAGGAACUUAAGCAGAAUCGAAGCCAGGAAAUUGAUGACCAUCAGCAUGAAAUGUCAGUAUUGCAGAAUGCACAUCAGCAGAAACUGACAGAAAUAAGUCGUCGCCAUCGAGAGGAGCUAAGGGACUAUGAAGAACGAAUUGAAGAACUGGAGAAUCUGUUACAGCAAGGUGGCUCAGGAGUUGCAAUAACUGAUCACUCUAAAAUGUAUGAUAUGCAAAACACUAUUCAGAUUCUACAGACGGAAAAAGUAGAAUCUACCAAAAAAAUUGAAGAACUUGAGGAUAAAAUUAAAGAGCUAUAUGAAAGAUUGUCUUCUGCAGAGCAUGAUCGAGAAGUGUGGAAGAGAGAGCAGGAAGAGCUGGAGGGGGAAAAGAGACAGAUGACUGAGCAGUGUGAACGCUUGAAGUUGGAAUGCAGCAAACUGCAGCCUCUUGCUCUGGGGCAGAGGGACGUUGUGACAGAGGAGGAGGGGACUCUCCCACAGAGCUCCUCAGUUGCAGAGGUCUUGAGAUUACAGCAAGCUUUGACUGAUGCUGAAAAUGAAAUAAUGAGACUAAAUAGUUUAAACCAGGAUAACAGUCUUGCUGAAGACAAUCAGAAACUUCAAAUGUGUGUCCAAAUUUUAGAAAAAGAGAAGUCAUUAUUGAGUCAAGAAAAGGAAAAACUUCAGAUAUCACUUUCCAAAUUGACCAGUGAAUAUGAAGUCAUUAAAAGUACAGCUACAAGGGAUGUAGAUUUGUUGUCUCAAGUACGUGACUUGAAACUUAACUUGGAGGUAAAGGAACAAGAACUGAAUCAGAGUAUUCAUGAAAAUGAAAUACUCAUGGCUGAAUUAGAAGAACUGGACAAGCAGAACCAAGAGGCCACUAAGCACGUGAUUUUGAUAAAAGAUCAGCUAUCAAAACAACAAAGUGAAGGGGAUAGUACCAUCAAGAAACUAAAAGAAGAUCUAAAUGAUGAAAAACAAAGAAACCAUCACCUCGAGGAUGAAAAAAUGAGCAUUAUCAAAGAGUUAGAUGCACAGAAAGAAAAGCUCACUCACAGUGAACAGGCCCUAAGUGAUUUACAGGUCACUAAGCAGAAACUUGAAGAUAAAGUAGAAAAUUUAGUAGAUCAGCUGAAUAAAUCAGAGAAAAAUAAUUUCAACAUCCAGAAGGAGAAUCGGGAACUGAGGGAACACAUCAGACAAAAUGAGGAGGAGCUGUCCACAAUCAGGAGUGAGCUGACUCGCUGUCAGACCCAAGGCUCUAACAGUAAGUUGAAGGAUGACUUGCUUCAGGAAAAGGAAACUGAAGUCAGAAACUUAAAGCAGAAUCUUUCUGAAAUAGAACAGCUCAAUGAACAUUUGAAGCAAGUUGCUUUUGAUCUCAGAACAGAAAAUGAAAAGCUGGUUGUAGCCUGUGAGGAUGUAAGAAAUCAGUUGGAAGAAUCUAUUGCUGGCAACAACCAGGUUUCUCUGGAAAAAAAUGCCAUGCUGGAGACUCUGAAAUGGGAAAAGGAGCAGCUAGAAGUAGAAUUGUGUGGAGCUGAGAAGAGGCUUUUGGAAGAAGCAGACAAAUACAAGCAAACUGUUGAGGAACUGUCCAGCGCUCGCAGCCUGAGUACCUCUGCCUUACAGCUGGGACAUGAGCACUUAAUUCAGCUCAGUCAGGAAAAGGACUCUGAAAUAGCAGGGCUCAAAAACCGUAUUGAGCAAAUGGCUACUGAUCAUCAACAAAUGAAGGAAACUUUGUCAUCUAGUCUAGAAGAGCAGAAACGACUGACACAACUUAUAAAUGAAAAAGAAAUUUGUAUUGUGAAACUUAAAGAAAAAAGUUCAGAACUGCAGGAAGAAUUGGACAAAUGUGAUCAGGCCUUAAGAAAAAAUGAGACUCUAAGGCAGACCAUAGAAGAAAAAGACAAAAGUCUUGGAUUCAUGAAAGAAGAGAAUAAUCACUUGCAAGAAGAGCUGGAGCGGCUCAGAGAGCAGCAGAGUCGGGCUGUGCCCAUGCCUGAGCCUAGAACCCUUGACAGCACCACAGAGCUAGAGUCUGAGCUGUCUAGGCUGCACUUAAUCAAGGAUCAUCUGGAAGAAGAAAUUAAACAUCAUCAGAAGAUGAUUGAAGAUCAAAACCAGAAUAAGAUGCAGCUUCUCCAGUCUCUACAGGAACAGAAGAAAGAAAUGGACGAGUUUAGGUACCAGCACGAACAAAUGAAUAUCACACACACCCAGCUCUUUUUAGAAAAAGAUGAGGAAAUUAAGAACUUGCAAAAAACAAUUGAACAAAUAAAAGCCCAGUUGCAUGAAGAAAGACAGGACAUUCCAACAGAGAAUUCUGAUAUUUUUCAAGAAACAAAAGUUCAGAGCCUUAAUAUAGAAAAUGAAAGUGAAAAGCAUGAUUUAUCUAAAGCCGAAACAGAAAGAUUAGUGAAGGGGAUAAAAGAACGGGAGCUGGAGAUUAAGCUACUGAAUGAAAAGAAUAUCUCUUUAACUAAACAGAUUGAUCAGUUGUCCAAAGAUGAGGUCGGCAAGCUCACUCAGAUUAUCCAGCAGAAAGACUUGGAGAUACAAGCUCUUCACGCCAGGAUCUCCUCGACUUCCUGCUCUCAGGAUGUUGUGUACCUCCAGCAGCAGCUGCAUGCCUAUGCUAUGGACAGAGAGAAAGUAAUGGCUGUCUUAAGUGAGAAGACAAGGGAAAAUAGCCAGCUAAAAACAGAGUACCACAAAAUAAUAGAUAUUAUUAGUGCCAAAGAAGCAGCCCUUAUUAAGUUGCAAGAUGAGAAUAAAAAAAUGUCUACUAGAUUUGAAAGUAGUGGUCAAGAUAUGUUUAAAGAAACUAUUCAGAAUUUAUCACGGAUUAUUCGAGAAAAAGACAUUGAAAUAGAUGCACUGAGUCAGAAGUGCCAGACCCUGCUGACAGUUUUGCAGACUUCUGGCACAGGUAGUGAGGUUGGAGGAGUUAACAGUAACCAGUUUGAGGAGCUCCUACAGGAGCGUGAUAAACUAAAACAGCAAGUGAAGAAAAUGGAGGAGUGGAAGCAGCAGGUGAUGACCACUGUCCAGAAUAUGCAACACGAGUCAGCCCAGCUUCAAGAGGAGCUUCAUCAACUUCAGGCACAAGUUUUGGUUGACAGUGAUAACAAUUCUAAAUUACAAGUGGAUUACACUGGCCUGAUCCAAAGUUAUGAGCAGAAUGAAACCAAACUUAAGAAUUUUGGGCAGGAAUUGGCACAAGUUCAGCAUAGCAUAGGGCAGCUUUGUAAUACCAAGGACCUUCUUUUAGGAAAACUUGAUAUCAUGUCACCCCAGCUCUCUUCUGGCUCAUCACUUACUACUCAGUCAGGAGAGCCUCUUAAGACAAGCCUGUCUGCUGGCCCAUGUGAGUCUUCUCAGCUGCUUCAACAAGAAGUGGAUGAUCUGAGGCGAUCACUGCAGGAAAAAGAUGCCAUGAUUAGAACGCUCCAGGAAAACAACCACAGACUGUCAGAGUCCAUGGCUGCAUCCUCAGAGGCUGGAAGAAGAGAAUACGAGCAGACUGAUUCGGAAAUGAAGCAGCUGAAGGAAAAACAAGAGGCUUUACAAAACUUACUUAAGGAAAAAGACCUCUUAAUCAAAGCCAAGAGUGACCAGUUACAUUCUUCAAAUGAGAAUUUUACAAACAAAGUGAAUGAAAAUGAGCUUUUGAGGCAGGCAGUGACAAAUUUGAAGGAGAGAAUAUUGAUUUUAGAAAUGGACAUUUCUAAGUUGAAAGGGGAAAAUGAAAAAAUAGUAGAAACCUCCAGGGGGAAGGAAACGGAAUACCAGGCAUUACAGGAGACCAACAUGAAAUUUUCCAUGAUGUUACGAGAAAAAGAGUUUGAAUGCCAUUCGAUGAGAGAAAAGGCCCUCGCUUUUGAACAGCUGUUGAAAGAAAAAGAACAGGGCAAGGCUGGGGAGUUAAAUCAACUUUUAAAUGCAGUUAAAUCAAUGCAGGAGAAGACAGUUACAUUUCAACAGGAGAGAGACCAAGUUAUGCUGGCCCUGAAACAGAAACAAAUGGAAAACAGUACCCUACAGAAUGAGGUUCAACACUUACGUGAUAAAGAGUCCCGGUUAAACCAGGAGCUCCAGAGAUUGCGUGACCACCUCUUAGAGUCUGAAGACUCUCAUACCCGGGAAGCUUUGGCUGCAGAAGAUAGAGAGGCCAAACUGAGGAAGAAAGUCACAGUGUUAGAAGAAAAGCUAGUUUCAUCCUCCAAUGCGAUGGAAAAUGCAAGUCAUCAAGCCAGUGUGCAAGUAGAAUCUUUGCAAGAACAAUUGAACAUGGUCUCCAAGCAGAGGGAUGAGACUGCCUUGCAGCUUUCUGUGUCACAGGAACAAGUAAAGCAGUAUGCUCUGUCAUUAGCCAACCUGCAGAUGGUUCUCGAACACUUCCAACAAGAGGAAAAAGCUAUGUAUUCUGCUGAAUUAGAAAAGCAAAACCAGCUCUUAACUGAAUGGAAGAAAAAAGCAGAGAAUCUGGAAGGAAAAGCAUUGUCGCUGCAGGAACGUUUGGAUGAAGCAAAUGCUGCAUUGGAUUCAGCAUCAAGGCUUACAGAACAGUUAGACCUAAAAGAAGAACAAAUUGAAGAACUUAAAAAGCAAAAUGCGCUCCACCAAGAGAUGCUGGAUGAUGCACAGAAGAAGUUGAUGAACUUAGUGAGCAGCACGGAGGGAAAAGUGGACAAAGUCCUCAUGAGAAACCUCUUUGUUGGUCACUUCCACACCCCUAAAAAUCAGCGUCAUGAAGUGCUGCGGCUAAUGGGAAGCAUCCUGGGUGUUAAAAGGGAGGAAAUGGACCAGUUGUUUGCUGCAGAUCAAGGAGGUGUUACUCGGUGGAUGACUGGAUGGCUUGGAGGAGGAUCGAAAAGUGUGCCCAAUACACCUCUGAGACCAAAUCAGCAAUCUGUGUUCAAUAGUUCCUUUUCAGAACUUUUCGUUAAAUUUCUGGAAACAGAAUCUCAUCCAUCUGCCCCACCCCCAAAGCUGUCAGUUCAUGACUUGAAACCUCUAGAUUCUCCAGGAAGAAGGAAAGUUGACACCAGCAUACCUGGAAGCUCCAAAGAUACAGCAGAACCCAGGGUAGGAAGAAGGACAGAUCUGAGUCCAUUCUUGGCUCCCCGCUCAGCAGCUGUGCCCCUCAUGAACCCAGCUGGACAUGGACCUGGUGGGCCUGGGCAUCUUCUAUUGAAACCCAUCUCAGAUGUUCUCCCCACGUUUACACCUUUGCCAGUGUCGCCUGACAACAGCGCUGGCCUUGUACUAAAAGACCUCCUAAAGCAGUAGGAAGCUUUCAAGCCAGAGACUAUACAGCACUUUAAGGAAACCAUGAACACUAUAUGUGAACUUGAUCACAAAGUGGCCUUCUGGAAAGAGUCAUUAUUUGUUUGUAGUUGUAAUUUCUCUGUUAAUAAAAAUAUUCUUAAUGCUUUUAGGAAUUGCAGGUGUCAGAAGAGUAAGUAACUGCUGUAUAAUCUGCCUUUUUGUUCACUAUACGAUGUCACCUAAUUUAAAACUAGAAAUGUGGUUUACCUUUUAAUUUACAAAACUCUACAAAGGAGAGGCAAGAAUAACUAUGUUUGCUUUUGUCUCCUUAGAUUUUCAAGUUCAUUUAAUAUAGGGGCAUGUGGUUCAUCUUUUCAAGAUAAGGACUUUACUCCAUCCUACCCCACCCCCCAAAAAAAGGCACUUAAUAAAGGCAGCUUUGCCCAGAGCAGAAGAUGCUCUGCACUGUGCCUCAGCCACCAUAGAGGACCUCCUGUAGGGAGGGAACAAGGUGGCUCUGGGAAGUUGUGGGUGCCCUGAGGCAAAGUGGGUAUUUGGUUCUGUGCAGUUUUAUCAUGUGUGUAGAUUCUUCUGGCCAUCACAGUUAAGACCCAACCUUUCACCAAAAGGGUCCCCUGAGCUGCCUUUUUCUAACCCUUGCUGCCUGCCUUAGCCCCUGAAAACCACUAACUGUCACCCUCAAUAAUUUUAUUAUUCUGUGAUGCUGUUUAAAUGAAAUUACAUGUUAUUGUAACCUCUUGAGAUGGGUGUUUUCAAGUAGCAUAAUUCCCUUGAGAUCCACCCAAGUUGUUUCAUGGAUCAGUAGUUUUGUUUCUUUUUAUUGUGGAGUAUAUGCUGUUAGUAACUAAAUGGUAUCAUUUAGUUUCAAGAGCUGAAUUGUCGUUUUUAAAGUGUCAUCUAAAACUACAGGUUUCCAUCAGGGCCUGGGGUGUAUGGUUAGUCUCAGCACCUGGAAGGCAGAAGCAGGCAGAUUCUUAGGAAUUUGAGGCCAGCCUGAUCUACACAGUGAGUCUCAGGCUAGCCAGAGCUACAAACAUAGUGAGAUCCUGUCUCAAAACACACACACACACACACACACACACACACACACACACACACACACACACACACACACACACACACCCCACAAAAGCAAAUGGAAGCCUAAAGGGAGGGCCCCUUGCACAAAUGCACAAAAUCGUGUAACUCUUGUGUACGUGUUAUGCUGUAUGGCUGCGUCCACAUAAGCCUUAGACCACAGUUAGCAAUAUCUGGGGACCUAUCCCCUCCUGCCUCUGUCUGAGCUGCGCUGUCUGCGCUGUAGUGCUCCAUGAAGUGCACCAGCACCAGGUGUUUGGAACUUAAAGCCAGUACUACUGUACUUUUUUACAAAGCUGUUCUGAAAGAGAAAAAUCCUGAUUCACAGCUUGUGUUGUAUCAGGUUGUUCAUAUUUGUAUUAGUUGUUGACAUUGUACAUUUAGAAGUCAUUUCUUGCAUAUUUUCUAAGUUCAGAUAAACCUUUAAAACAGGGAAGCCUAAACAGCAAGGAAGGGAGGAAACCAGAUUAACUCUCAAAUGUCAACAGUCCGAGCACCUGUCAUAGCUAAGCUGGGCUGUUUUUGUGAGUUUACCUAUGAUAAACUCUGUAUUUCCUUUUUUUUUGUUUGUUUUUUUGUUUUUUUUUUUUUGAGACAGGGUUUCUCUGUAUUGUUUUGGAGGCUGUCCUGGAACUUGCUUUGUAGACCAGACUGACCUCGAACUCACAGAGAUCCUCCUGCCUCUGCCUCCCGAGUGCUGGGAUCCAAGGCGUGCACCAUCAACACCCAGCAAACUGUGUAUUUCUAAUGUGUUUAAAAGACUGAAGGUUUCGGUUUUAAUAAUGUGUUGAUGGUUAAAUACUUUUCUAUGAAAAAUUGAAUAACUGAGACAAUGCUGCUUCCUGGUGCCACCUGUGUCCUUAAACUAACUUAUUUAUAGUUCCUUUCCUGAUACUUGUUAGAAAAAGUUGCCCUCAGAGAAAUGUUAAGCUGCUCCCACCAGUUUUGUCAAUGUUACAGAUGUCUCUCAAUUUACAGUGGGUUCAUGGCCCACUAAACCCAUUGUAAUGAAAAACAUCUUGAAAUAACAUUCAUUUGCUGUACCCAACUAUCAGCCGGCCUGGCUUAGCAUGUCUGCUUCCUCUCGGGACCACACGAGGCUGACCGGGAGCCACAGCUCCCACUGCCAGCAUUGGGAAAAGAGAAAUUCUAAAUCUGAAGCACGAUUUUGGCCUAAAGUGUAUCAUUUUAGCACACCCCAAAAUUGAAACCAUUAAGCCAUUGUAAGUUGAGGGUUUACUGAUGUAGGUUUUUGUAAGUUCCUUAAAAGUUGCUCUCACUCACUAGUCUGGAUAAUUUACUACUUGCCAGGGAAUUUUAAGUUCCAUGUGAAGUAGCUGGAAGACUAGUUUUUACACUAAGAAGAAAAUGGAAGGUGUAAAAUGUUUUCUUUUAAAGAGGAAGUACAUGGUGGCUAUUUAAACUGUAUUUUAUAUUUGAAAUGCCUUUUAUGACAUUUGGAGUUCCUUGACCAAACCAACCUGCCCUCCCUACCCUUUCACUUAGCCUGAGUCUAAAACCCGUCGUGGGGGACUCCACCCCCAAGCAUCAAAGAACACAGUAUUACAUGGCUGCUAUUGAAGUAUAUGGCCUUGUCUGAAAGCCGCAGCACCUAAAUGUCUGUGUUGUAUGCACGCUAAGUGUGCACUGAUCUAAACCAGACAUGACUCAUCAGCUUUUCUGAACUAAGUUGUGUCAGAGAUGAACCAUCUGCUCAUGGAAACUUCUCAGCAGAGAACGAGAAGCAUGCACUCUGAGUUACCCAAGGACCUGCCAGCCGUGUGCUGACUUCAGUAAGUCUGCCCUUGAUGCCUUCCAGUGGUGGAAUCUGCAUUUGAGUUUUACAUCAGGUGCCACAGACUUACUGCACUGUUAGAACUGCAGUAACUUCCCUGUUGAUAUCUGUGUGCACUUGGUAGAUGUAUGGCUGAAUUUUGCACUGGAUGCCACAGUUCUUCACAACAUUCCUAGUGGUUUUCAAGUACAAGGAAAUACACUACCAAGAAUUCACCCUGCUGUUGGAUUUGAUUGAACGUAAUCAUGAGCAUGUGCUUCUGUGAGUUCUCCUUCCCCAUAUUCUUGUUUGUUUUUUUAAAGGGGGGGAAAACCAAAGCACAUAGGCAAAAAGAGAUGGCCUGCAGCUAGCCAGUUAAACAUCAGAUAUCACCCAAAGGAUUUGAGAGUGCAGGCCCUUACCCAGAGAGGAGAGGCAGGCACAGGCAAAGAGGCAAAAACCAUAGAAAGGGCUGCAUUUAAGCUGGGUUGUUUUAAAUUUCAGAAAUUUUCAUAUAUCAGAGCAUUGAAAGCAUUGUCAAGCAACAAAAAUUUAUCUUCUGUAAAUAUCGGUUAAGUUAGGUAAUAUUUAUUUUAUAUAUUCCUAUGGAAAAAUAAUGAUCAUUGUAAUGUUGACAUUUGUGAUAAUUUGCCAGUCUUUACAUCUUAACUUAUGAUUUAAUCACUUAGAAUUGGUACAUUGUCUUUUGACUUAUAGGAAAAUAACAAAUGUGGGAAAUUUCCAACUGUAUCAUGAGAUUCGGUUGUGUUUUAUGUAGAGUUAAAGCCAAUGCACUCUUGAAUUUCUCAGGAGCAUUGCAAGGCAAAAAGGAAAAAAAACCUACAAAUAAAAAUGAUUUAAGUUGGCUGUGUCUUCGUCCACAAUAAAAACACUUGGGAAACA